CGGAGCCUCCAGCUCGUCAAUCUGUGGCCAGCGGCGGCAGAGGCAGAGUCGACCGGGUGAGUGAGCACAACCUUCCACCAGCUUCUUGACGCACUCCACUCAGUUCCGCCGCCGGAACAGUGAGGAGCACACCCGACCCGAGCGCCCCCCCACAACCCCCACCCCCCGACACCCCCGGACGAGCUGCACGAACAGCGGCAACCGGCUCGAACGCAAAAGCCAGGCUAGCUCAGCCCGCUAGCCUUCGUGAGGGUGGCCGGGCUGUCCAUGCAUCCGGGGAGCCCCGAGGCAGCCCCGGGCUGGCAGGGAGAAGACCGCGCCGGAAGUCUUGAGCCUUGACACUCACCGCACGGUUUUGCACGCAGCGGCGGUGGAUGCCCGGCGAGGAGCAUCUUCUCGCAAGCCACCAGCGUGACAGCUCCAAGAGGCGAUUGAUGACUAAUAUUCCCCCCAGAUAGACCACGACAAUGUUGCGCACCGCGGCCAACGUGCUGGCAACAGGAUUGCUCGUCUUGGGAAUGUUGCACAGUUCCGAAGUCGUCUCACCAUCCAGGGCUGUUGAUGCUCCAAAGACCUGCAGCCCAAAGCAGUUUGUGUGUAAAGAUGGCGUGACGUGUAUCUCAAAGGGAUGGCGCUGCGACCGCGAGAAAGACUGUCCAGACGGCUCGGACGAGGAGCCAGAUGUUUGCCCGCACAGUGCCGUGUUAAAGUGCCCACCUAAUGAGUACCAGUGUGGGGGGACAGAGCUUUGCAUCCACAUGAGCAAACUGUGCAACGGGGUUCCAGACUGUACCGACGGCUGGGACGAGGGACCGCACUGCAGAGAGUUUAUAUCCAACUGCUCACUCAUGGGGUGUCAGGAUAAUUGUGCAGUGACUCCAUCAGGACCUGUUUGUUACUGUAAAAGUGGUUUUGAGAUCAGCUCAGAUAGAAACACAUGCAAAGAUUUUGAUGAGUGCAAUGUGUAUGGGACGUGCAGUCAGUCCUGUACCAACACUGAAGGCUCCUAUUCUUGCUCCUGUGUGGAGGGCUACUUGCCACAGCCAGACAACCGCUCCUGCAAGGCCAAGAAUGUCCCAGUGGAUCGUCUGCCUGUGCUAUUGAUCGCCAACUCCCAGAACAUUCAAGCCACCUCUCUGAGCGGCACCACAGUCCACAGCCUGUUGUCAACCAUCACCAAACAAACCACAGCCAUGGACUUCCUGUAUGCUCAGGAAAUGGUCUGCUGGAUCCAUGUGGGAGAAUCCCCCUCAUCCACGCAUCUCAAAUGUGCCAAGAUUCCCAAUCUUAAGAGCUUCACUGAGGAGAGAGUCAUCAACAUCUCUCUCAGCUUGCAUCAUGUGGAGCAGAUGGCCAUCGACUGGCUCACCGGAAACUUCUACUUUGUAGAUGAUGUGGACGACAGGAUCUUUGUGUGUGACAAGGAUGGAGAGACAUGUGUCACCCUUCUGGACCAGGAGCUCUACAACCCCAAAGGCAUUGCCCUGGACCCCACCAUGGGAAAGGUGUUCUUCACAGACUACGGUCAGAUUCCCAAGGUGGAGCGAUGCGACAUGGACGGCCAGAACCGGACCAAGCUUGUGGACAGUAAAAUUGUGUUUCCCCAUGGCAUCACGCUGGAUCUGGUCAGUAGGCUGGUGUACUGGGCUGAUGCCUAUCUGGACUACAUCGAGGUGGUGGACUACGAAGGGAAGAACCGGCACACCAUCAUUCAAGGCCUGUUGAUUGAGCAUCUGUACGGGCUGACCGUAUUUGAAAAUUACCUCUAUGCCACCAACUCGGACAACGCUAACAUGCAACCCAAGACCAGCGUGAUACGAAUCAAUCGAUUUAACAGCCCAGACUACCAAGUGGUGACACGGGUGGACAAGGGAGGCGCGCUGCAUGUCUAUCAUCAGAGACGCCAACCACCCGUCCGAAGCCAUGCCUGUGAGGUGGACCAGUUUGGAAAAGCGGGAGGUUGCUCAGACAUCUGUCUGCUGGGAAACGGACACAAAACCCGGACAUGCCGGUGUCGCUCCGGAUUUAGCCUGGGAAGCGAUGGAAAGUCUUGCAAAAAGCCUGAGCAUGAGCUCUUCCUAGUCUAUGGUAAGGGUCGCCCGGGGGUCAUCAGGGGCAUGGACAUGAAUGCCAAGGUUCCGGAUGAAUACAUGAUCCCUAUCGAGAAUCUGAUGAAGCCCAGAGCUCUGGAUUUUCACGCUGAGACCGAGUUCAUUUACUUUGCUGAUGCCACCAGCUAUAUCAUUGGGCGGCAGAAGAUCGAUGGGACUGAGAGGGACACCAUUCUGAAAGAAGGGAUCCACACGGUGGAGGGUAUCGCUGUGGACUGGAUGGCAGACAACUUGUACUGGACAGAUGACGGGCCCAAAAAAACCAUCAGCGUGGCUCGGCUGGAGAAAGCCUCCCAAACUCGCAAGACGCUCAUUGAAGAUAAAAUGACUCACCCUCGUGCAAUCGUUGUGGACCCUCUCCAUGGGUGGAUGUACUGGACAGACUGGGAGGAGGAUCCCAAGGAGAGCAAACGAGGAAAAAUUGAACGCGCUUGGAUGGAUGGCUCCAACAGAAAUGUUUUCCUCACCAGCAAAACUGUGCUGUGGCCUAACGGCCUGAGCCUGGACAUCCCACAGGAAAUCCUUUACUGGGUGGACGCCUACUAUGACCGCAUCGAGAUGGUCUACCUCAACACCUCAGAACGCAAGACUGUGUACGAGGGCCAGGAGCUGAACCAUGCCUUUGGUCUCUGCCACUAUAAACACUUCUUGUUCUGGAACGAGUACCGAAGUGGCAGCAUUUACAAGUUGGACACCACCACUAGCACUCCCACCCUACUGCGCAAUGAAAGGCCGCCCAUUUUUGAAAUACGCAUGUAUGACGCUCAGCAACAGCAAGGUUCUAAUGCGUGUCGUGUGCACAACGGAGGCUGCACCAGCCUGUGCUUGGCCAUACCAGGGGGCAGGCAGUGUGCCUGUGCAGAGGACCAAAUACUCGACUCCACUGACAACACUAGCUGCAAAGCCAACCCCUCUUACGUGCCCCCUCCUCAAUGCCAGCCUGGAGAGUUUGCCUGUAAGAAUAAUCGCUGCAUCCAGGAGCGCUGGAAGUGUGACGGCGACAACGACUGCCUGGACAACAGUGAUGAGGGUCCUGAGCUGUGCCAUCAGCACACUUGCCCCACUGACAGGUUUAAGUGCCAGAACAACCGCUGUAUUCCCCUGCGCUGGUUGUGUGACGGUGACAAUGACUGUGGCAAUGAUGAGGAUGAAUCCAACACCACCUGUUCAGCUCGCACAUGCCCACCGAAUCAGUACUCGUGUGCCAGCGGGCGUUGCAUCCCCAUAUCCUGGACGUGCGACCUGGAUGACGACUGUGGGGAUCGGUCUGAUGAGCCUGCCUCUUGUGCCUACCCCACAUGUUUCCCCCUCACCCAGUUUACCUGCAACAAUGGACGCUGCAUCAACAUUAACUGGCGCUGUGAUAAUGAUAAUGACUGUGGGGACAACAGCGACGAGGCGGGCUGUAGUCACUCGUGUUCCAGUGCUCAGUUCAAGUGCAACAGCGGCCGAUGCAUUCCGGAUUAUUGGACCUGUGAUGGGGAUAAUGACUGCGGGGACUACAGCGACGAGACCCACGCCAACUGCACAAAUCAGGCCACUCGUCCACCUGGAGGCUGCCACACAGAUGAGUUUCAGUGUCGUAUGGACGGCCUGUGCAUUCCCCUGCGUUGGCGCUGUGACGGGGAUACCGACUGCAUGGACUUGAGUGACGAGAAGAACUGCGAGGGUGUCACGCACAUGUGUGACCCGGCAGUCAAGUUUGGUUGCAAGGACUCGGCACGGUGCAUCAGCAAAGCUUGGAUGUGCGACGGAGACAGUGACUGUGAGGACAAUUCGGAUGAAGAAAACUGUGAGGCGCUGGUGUGUAAACUGUCUCACCACAUGUGCGCCAACGACUCCACCAUCUGCCUGCCUGCAGAAAAACUUUGUGAUGGCACAGAACACUGCCCAGAUGGCUCUGAUGAGAAGCUCUGUGACCUGUGUUCACUGGACAACGGCCACUGCAGCCAUAAUUGCACCGUGGCCCCUGGUGAGGGUGUGAUUUGUUCUUGCCCACUGGGCAUGGAGCUGCGUUCAGACAACAAGACCUGCCAGAUUCAGAGCUUUUGUGCCAAGCACCUCAAGUGCAGUCAGCGCUGUGAACAGGACAAGUUCAGUGUGAAAUGUUCAUGCUACGAGGGAUGGGAACUGGAGCCCGAUAUGGAGAACUGCAAGAGCACUGAUCCUUUUAAACCCUUUAUUAUUUUCUCAAACCGCCAUGAGAUACGCCGCAUUGAUCUCAAUAAGGGAGAGUUCAGCGUUCUAGUGCCAGGGCUGAGGAACACCAUCGCUCUGGACUUCCAUCUCAGCCAGAGUGCCCUCUAUUGGACUGAUGUUGUUGAGGAUAAGAUCUAUCGUGGGAAGCUGUCUGAGAACGGGGCUUUAACCAGCUUCGACGUGGUAAUACAGUAUGGGCUGGCGACCCCUGAGGGCCUGGCAGUGGACUGGAUAGCAGGAAACAUUUACUGGGUGGAAAGCAACCUGGACCAAAUUGAGGUGGCCAAGCUGGAUGGCACCAUGAGGACUACCCUGUUGGCUGGAGAAGUGGAACAUCCUCGAGCUAUAGCCCUGGAUCCUCGUGAUGGGAUCCUCUUCUGGACGGACUGGGAUGCCAGUUUACCACGGAUUGAAGCUGCGUCCAUGAGUGGAGAAGGCAGAAAGACUAUCCACAAGGAAACUGGCAAUGGAGGCUGGCCAAAUGGGCUCACUGUGGAUUAUCUAGAGCGCCGCAUCCUCUGGAUUGAUGCAAGGUCUGAUGCCAUUUAUUCUGCCAAAUACGACGGUUCUGGGCUGAUUGAGGUCCUGAGGGGUCAUGAGUAUCUGUCCCAUCCCUUCGCUGUCACCAUGUACGGCGGCGAAGUUUACUGGACGGACUGGAGGACUAACACGUUGGCCAAGGCGAACAAGUGGACUGGGAGCAAUGUCACUGUUGUCCAAAGAACCAACACACAACCUUUUGAUCUCCAGGUCUACCAUCCAUCCAGACAACCUGAGGCACCUAACCCGUGCGCAGCUAAAGACGGCAAGGAGCCCUGCACUCAUCUAUGCCUCAUUAACUACAAUCAGACAUUCUCGUGUGGCUGCCCCCACCUCAUGAAGCUUGGGCCUGACAAGCGUACUUGUUAUGAGUCUCGUCAGUUCCUGCUGUACGCUCGGCAAAUUGAGAUUCGAGGAGUGGACAUAGACAACCCGUACUACAACUACAUCAUCUCGUUCACCGUGCCCGAUAUCGACAAUGUGACCGUGGUGGACUACGACGCUAUGGAGCAUCGCAUCUACUGGUCAGACGUUCGCACUCAGACCAUCAAGAGAGCUUUCAUUAACGGCACCGGAGUUGAAACUAUCAUUUCUGCUGAUCUGCCCAACGCUCAUGGCCUUGCAGUCGACUGGGUGUCCAGAAAUCUGUUCUGGACCAGUUAUGAUGCCAAUAAGAAACAGAUUAAUGUUGCUAGACUGGAUGGCUCAUUCAAAAACGCUGUGAUCCAGGGCCUGGACAAACCCCACUGCCUGGUGCUGCAUCCCAUUUUGGGGAAGCUCUACUGGACAGAUGGGGACAACAUCAGCAUUGCCAACACAGAUGGAAGCAACCAGAGUGUCCUAUUCACCAACCAGAAAGGCCCUGUUGGGCUCUCCAUUGACUUUGACACCGAGCAGCUUUACUGGAUCAGCUCAGGAAAUGGCACCAUCAGCCGUUGCAAGCUGGAUGGUUCUGGACUUGAAAUACUUGAAGGAGUCAAGAACAAGCUGACAAAGGCUACUGCACUGGCCAUCAUGGGUGAUAAGUUAUGGUGGGCUGACCAAGGAACUGACCAGAUAGGAACAUGUGACAAGAAGGACGGCGGCAACUGGAAAGUCCUGAGGAAUAGCACGUCCCCAAUGAUGCACAUGAAAAUAUACAAUGAAACUGUGCAGAAAGGCACCAAUCUUUGCAGCAAUAACAAUGGUGACUGUUCCCAGCUGUGUCUCCCCACCUCCCCGACCACCAGAGCCUGCAUGUGCACUGCAGGAUACAGCUUGCGCAGAGGCCAGCAGUCAUGCGAGGGUGUUGGCUCUUUCCUCCUCUACUCUGUGCAUGAGGGUAUACGUGGUAUUCCUUUGGAUCCAUUGGAUAAGUCUGAUGCCCUCGUGCCAGUGUCAGGCACGUCCCUGGCUGUGGGCAUUGAUUUCCAUGCUGACAAUGACACAAUCUACUGGGUGGACAUGGGCCUGAGCACAAUAAGCAGGGCCAAGCGAGACCAGACGUGGAGAGAAGACGUGGUCACUAAUGGCAUUGGUAGGGUGGAGGGGAUUGCUGUUGACUGGAUAGCAGGAAACAUCUACUGGACAGACCAAGGCUUUGACGUGAUUGAGGUGGCCCGCCUCAAUGGCUCCUUCCGCUAUGUAGUUAUCUCCCAGGGCUUGGACAAGCCUCGCGCCAUCACUGUUCACCCCGAGAAAGGCUACUUGUUCUGGACAGAGUGGGGGCAGUACCCUCGUAUUGAACGCUCCAGACUGGAUGGCACGCAAAGAGCUGUUCUAGUAAAUGUCAGUAUAAGCUGGCCCAAUGGUAUCUCCAUUGACUAUGAGGAGAGUUUCCUGUACUGGUGUGAUGCCAGGACAGACAAAAUAGAGCGCAUCAAUCUGGAGACUGGGGAGAACAGGGAAGUGGUACUGGCUAACAACAACAUGGACAUGUUUUCUGUGUCCGUGUUUGAGAGCUACAUCUACUGGAGUGACCGCACUCAUGCCAAUGGCUCCAUAAAGAGAGGCAGUAAAGACAAUGCCACAGACUCUGUGUCUCUGAGGACCGGGAUCGGGGUGCAGCUCAAAGAUAUUAAGGUCUUCAACAGGGCCAGGCAGCAAGGAACAAAUGUGUGCAAAGUCAAGAAUGGCGGGUGCCAGCAGCUUUGUCUGUACAGCGGCAAUGGAAAGCGCACGUGUGCCUGUGCACACGGCAUGCUGGCUGAAGACGGACGCAGCUGCCGUGACUACGACGGCUACCUGCUCUACUCUGAACGCACCAUACUAAAGAGUGUUCACCUGUCGGAUGAAAACAACCUGAAUGCGCCCAUAAAACCAUUUGAGGACCCUGAGCACAUGAAGAACGUCAUCGCGCUGACCUUUGAUUACAGAGGAGGAGGCGGGAAGGGAGCCAACCGGGUCUUCUUCAGCGACAUCCACUUUGGCAACAUCCAGCAGAUCAGUGAUGAUGGAUCUGACCGCAAGACUGUAGUAGACAAUGUGGGCUCAGUAGAAGGUCUGGCAUACCACAGGGGCUGGGACAUAUUGUAUUGGACCAGCUACACCACCUCGACCAUCACCCGUCACACUGUGGAUCAGACCCGCUGGGAUGCUGUUGACCGACACACCGUGGUCACUAUGUCAGGAGAUGACCACCCCAGAGCCUUCGUCCUUGACGAGUGCCAAAGCCUGAUGUUCUGGACCAACUGGAAUGAGCAGUCUCCCAGCAUCAUGCGUGCCACACUCACUGGUUCCAAUGUGAUCGUGAUCAUUGGUACUGACAUCCGAACCCCCAACGGCCUGGCCAUUGACCACCGAGCUGAAAAGCUUUACUUCUCUGACGCCACCCUGGACAAGAUAGAGCGCUGCGAGUACGACGGCAGCCGGCGUUAUGUUGUACUGAAAAAUGAACCAGUGCACCCGUUCGGUUUAGCAGUCUACGGAGACUACAUCUUCUGGACGGACUGGGUGAGGAGGGCUGUGCUUCGGGCUGACAAAUACACAGGGGGAGACAUGAAGGUUCUACGUGCUGAUAUACCUCAGCAGCCAAUGGGAAUCACCGCCGUGGCCAACGACACUAACAGUUGUGAGUUCUCUCUGUGCCGUGUUAACAAUGGAGGUUGUCAGGACCUGUGUCUGCUGACUUCGGAAGGAAGGGUCAACUGCAGUUGUCGUGGUGACAGGAAGCUUUUGGAGGACAACACUUGCAUAGCUCUGAACACCACAUGCAAUCCCAUUGAUGAGUUUGAGUGUGGAAAUGGAGACUGUGUGAACUAUACGCUGACUUGUGACGGCAUGGCUCACUGCAAGGACAAAUCUGAUGAGAAGCAGUCUUACUGUGCUAACCGAGCAUGCAAGAAGGGCUUCAAGCGUUGUGUAAAUGGCCGCUGUGUGGGCCAUCACUCGUGGUGUAAUGGACAGGAUGACUGUGGGGACAAUUCUGAUGAGCUUUUCUGUAACACCACACUGUGCUCACUUGAGCAAUUCCAGUGCAGAGAUGGAAGCUGCAUCACAAACUCCAGCAAGUGUGACCAAAAAGUGGACUGUGAGGAUGCCAGUGAUGAGAUGAACUGCACUGCCACUGACUGUUCCAGUUAUUUCCGCCUGGGAGUGAAGGGAGUGACAUUUCAAAAGUGCGAGUUCACCACCCUCUGCUAUGACCCCACAUGGCAAUGUGACGGAGCUAACGACUGUGGAGACUUCUCUGAUGAGAGAAAUUGCCCAGGGAGUGGAAAAACCAAGUGUCCAACGCCUUUCUUUGCCUGUCCCAGUGGAAGGUGCAUCCCCAUGAGCUGGACUUGCGACAAAGAGGACGACUGUGAGAACGGUGCAGACGAGGCUCAUUGCGAUAAAUUCUGCUCAGCCUCCCAGUUUGAAUGCGGGAACCACCGCUGCAUUCCUAACUCGUGGGCGUGUGAUGGAGCGGACGACUGUGGAGACAGCAGUGAUGAGGACAGUAAAUGCAAAACCAAAACAUGCAGUCCUGAAGCGUUCCAGUGUCCCGGCUCCCACAUGUGUAUCCCUCAGCGUUGGAAGUGUGACGAGGAAAACGACUGUCCCGAUGGGGCUGACGAGAGCGUCAAAGCUGGCUGUGUCUUUAACAAUACAUGCAGCAACAAUGAGUUCAUGUGCCAAAAUCGACAGUGUAUUCCCAAGCACUUUGUGUGUGACCAUGACAAUGACUGCAGCGACGGCUCGGAUGAGUCGCAGGAAUGUGAAUACCCAACCUGCAGACCCAAUGAGUUCCGCUGUGCCAAUGGACGCUGCCUGAUUCAGAGCUCAUGGGAGUGCGAUGGCGACUUUGAUUGUCAUGAUCACUCAGACGAAGCCCCUAAGAAUCCACGCUGCACGAGCCCAGAGAAAAAAUGCAAUGACACGGCCUAUGCUUGCAAUAAUGGGAAGUGUGUCAACGAGACGUUACUUUGCGACCAUAAGGACGACUGUGGCGAUGGCUCAGAUGAGCUCAACUGCUUCAUUAACGAGUGCCUGAACACCAAAUUGAGUGGCUGCUCGCAACUUUGUGUGGACCAGAAGAUAGGCUUCAAGUGUAGAUGCCACCGUGGAUUCCGGCUGAAAGAUGACGGGAAGAUGUGCGUUGACGUGGAUGAGUGUAAAAGCACCUAUCCCUGCACACAGCGCUGCAUCAACACCCAUGGCAGCUUCCACUGCCUGUGUGUUGAGGGUUUCCAACUUAGCCCAGAAAACCCCACCGUCUGCAAAUCUACAUCUGAUGAGGAACCCUUCCUAAUAUUUGCCAACCGCUACUACCUACGCAAACUCAACUUGGAUGGCUCCAACUACACUCUCCUCAAACAGGGAUUGAACAAUGCAGUGGCUUUGGACUUUGACUAUCGCCAGCAGAUGAUUUAUUGGACCGAUGUUACCACACAGGGCAGCAUGAUCCGACGCAUGCACAUCAAUGGCAGUGAUGUUCAGGUCCUGCAUCGCACAUCGCUCAGCAACCCAGACGGGCUUGCAGUGGACUGGGUGGGAGGAAAUCUGUACUGGUGUGAUAAAGGGCGGGACACUAUUGAGGUGUCAAAGCUGAAUGGAGCUUACCGGACAGUUCUGGUCAACAAUGGCUUGAGAGAACCAAGGGCUGUGGCUGUGGAUGUUAGAUAUGGGUACUUGUACUGGUCAGACUGGGGUGACACCCCUCACAUAGGGAGGAUUGGGAUGGACGGCACUAACAGGACAGUCAUUGUGGAGGAUAAGAUCACCUGGCCCAACGGUCUGACCCUGGACUUUGUGAAUGACCGCAUCUACUGGGCCGACGCCCGAGAGGACUACAUUGCCUUUGCCAGCUUGGAUGGAACUAACAGACACACAGUUCUGACCCAAGAUAUCCCCCACAUCUUUGCAAUGACUCUGUUUGAGGAGUACAUCUACUGGACAGACUGGGAGACCAAGUCCAUCAACAGAGCUCAUAAGACUCUGGGAAUCAACAAGACCUUGCUGAUUAGCACCUUACACAGACCAAUGGACGUCCAUAUAUACCACCCAUACCGCCAGCCGGAAGUGGCAGACCACCCAUGCCAGACCGACAAUGGUGGCUGCAGUAACCUGUGUCUACUCUCACCAGGAGGGGGCUACAAAUGUGCCUGCCCCACUAACUUUUAUCUAGCAGCAGAUGGAAAACAGUGCUUGUCUAACUGCACUGCCAGUCAGUUUGUUUGUAAAAACGACAAGUGUAUUCCAUUUUGGUGGAAGUGUGACACUGAAGAUGACUGUGGGGACCACUCAGAUGAGCCUGCCGAUUGCCCUGAGUUUAAGUGCAGACCAGGUCAAUUCCAAUGCGGUACAGGAAUUUGUACAAAUCCCGCCUACAUCUGUGACGGAGACAAUGACUGCCAAGACAAUUCGGAUGAAGCCAAUUGUGAUAUCCAUGUGUGCUUGCCCAGUCAGUUUAAAUGCACCCACCCCAGUCGCUGCAUCCCUGGCAUCUUCCGCUGCAAUGGACAGGACAACUGCGGUGAGGGAGAGGACGAGAAAGAUUGUCCGGAGGUGACAUGCGCCCCUAACCAGUUCCAGUGUGCCGUCACCAAGCGCUGUAUUCCACGGGUUUGGGUGUGUGAUCGGGACAAUGACUGUGUGGAUGGUUCUGAUGAGCCUACCAACUGCACUCAAAUGACGUGUGGUGUGGAUGAGUUCCGCUGUAAGGACUCGGGCCGCUGCAUCCCAGCACGCUGGAAGUGCGAUGGAGAGGACGACUGUGGCGAUGCUUCAGAUGAACCCAAAGAGGAGUGUAAUGAGCGGACGUGCGAGCCAUAUCAGUUCCGCUGUAAGAACAACCGCUGUGUGCCCGGACGCUGGCAGUGCGACUAUGACAAUGACUGCGGUGACAACUCUGAUGAAGACAAGUGUGUUCCUCGUCAGUGUUCAGAGAGCGAGUUUGCCUGCACAAAUGGCCGCUGCAUUGCCGGGCGCUGGAAGUGUGACGGUGACCACGACUGUGCUGAUGGCUCAGAUGAGAAUGGCUGUGACGUGAAGUGUGACAGUGAUCAGUUUCAGUGCAAAAACGGGCAUUGCAUCCCCAUCCGCUGGCGCUGCGAUGCUGACCCAGACUGUAUGGAUGGCAGCGAUGAGGAAAAAUGUGACAGUGGUGUGGGUAGACACUGCCCCCUGGAUGAGUUCCAGUGCAACAACACUUUGUGUAAACCACUGGGCUGGAAGUGUGAUGGCGAGGAUGACUGCGGAGACAAUUCUGACGAGAAGCCAGAGGAAUGUGUUAAAUUCCAGUGUCCGCCCACAAGACAAUUCCACUGUCAUAAUGACCGUGUGUGUCUGCCAAUAUCCAAACGCUGCGACGGGAUCAACAACUGUGGAGACAACAGCGAUGAACUCAAUUGCCAGGUUCCUCCGUCCACUCCAAUCUGCCAAAAAGAUGAGUUUCAGUGCUCCAACAGCCGCUGCAUCAGCUCAGACCUGCGGUGCGACUUCUUCAACGACUGUGAGGAUUACGGCUCUGAUGAAAUCAAUUGCAAUAAGAAAGACACCACGUUAAAUGAGUGCCGCAACAACAUGACAGUGUGUGGCGAUGGCGAUGAAGCUCACUGUGUGGUUAACGGGACGAGCUCUUUUUGCUCCUGCAAACCAGGCUUCCAAUCCUACGGGCGUAAGAGAUGUGAAGAUAAGAACGAGUGCAGGGAGUUUGGAGUGUGUUCCCACAUCUGUAACAACACAAAGGGCUCAUUCAAGUGCAGCUGCCACAAGUACUUUACCAGAAUCAAUGACACUUGCAAGGCUGACACUCAGAGACAAGUGCUCUACAUCGCUGAUGACAACGAGAUCCGCGGCCUGGACCCCUCUAUGCCAAACUGGCGCUAUGAACAAAUCUUCCAAGGUGACGCCAACGUGCGCAUAGAUGCCAUGGAUGUACACAUUAAGACAAACCGCAUUUACUGGACAAACUGGCACACUGGACGCGUAUCCUCGUACGAAUUGCCUUCCUCCUCCUCCCCGUCACCUAACAACAACCGAAACCGACGGCAGACGGAAUCGCGGGUCACCAAUGUGGAGAUCCCUGAUCUGAAUAUGCCCCGAGGCAUUGCUGUGGACUGGGUGGCAAGCAACCUGUAUUGGACCGACUCUGGUAGAGACGUCAUUGAGGUGGCUCAGCUUAGCGGAGGGCACCACCGCAAAACUCUCAUUUCAGGCAUGAUCGAUGAGCCUCAUGCCAUCGUGGUCGACCCUCCGAGAGGGAAAAUGUACUGGGCAGACUGGGGGAACCACCCCAAGAUUGAGACAGCUGCCAUGGACGGUACAAUGAGAGAGACACUGGUGGAUGAAAACAUUCAGUGGCCAACUGGCCUUGCAGUGGACUACUUCAACCAGCGCCUGUACUGGGCCGACGCUAAGCUAUCAUUAAUCGGCAGCGUGAGGCUGAAUGGCAGUGAUGCAGUUGUGGCUGUGAACACCAUCAAGAACAAGCUCCAUCAGCCCUUCAGUAUUGAUAUAUUUGAAGACUACAUCUAUGGCAUCACCUAUAUCCACAACCACGUCUUCCGUGUAAAUAAGUUCGGCAAGGGCGACGUGGAGAACCUGACAACGAGAAUGAACCACGCCACAGAUUUGGUUUUGUACCAUCGCAACAAGCAACCAGAGAUGAAUAAUCCCUGCGACAGAAAGAAAUGCGAAUGGCUGUGCCUGCUGAGUCCCAGUGGUCCGGUCUGUACCUGUCCCAACGGACACACGCUGGACAACGGCACGUGUGUGAAGCAGCCCGCUCCCACACUGGCUCCUAUCUCGCCUCCGAGUGGCCCCUGUCAGGUCCAGUGUCUGAACGGUGGCAGUUGUUUCCUGAACGCCUACAAGCAGCCUAAAUGUCGCUGCCAGCCCAACUAUGGAGGAGAUCGGUGUGAGAUGGACCAAUGCAGAGACUACUGCAAGAAUGGAGGAACGUGCACACCUUCUCCAACAGGCUCUCCGACCUGCCGAUGCCUGCCAGGUUUUACAGGGCCAAACUGUAACCUGCACACAUGUAGAAAUUACUGCAUGAAUGGCGGCAACUGCACCGUCAGUGCUGGGAACCAGCCAUCUUGCAGCUGCCCUCAUGAAUUCCUGGGUGACCAGUGCCAAUACAGAAGCUGUGAGGGCCACUGCCUGAACAGAGGCACCUGUCUACAGAGUGCGAGUGGCUCUAAACUGUGCCGCUGUCUGCCUCAGUUCACCGGCAGCACAUGUGAGAUCGACAAGUGUCACUAUUGUCGCAACGGAGAGUGUAUCCCCAAGGACAGGUUUACAUCCACAGGCGAAUUCACCUGCCGAUGUGCAAACGGAAGAAUCCAGCCCAGCUGCUACACAUGUGAUACAAAUGAAUACUGUGCAAACGGCCAGUGCUCCAUUAAUCCUCACACCCACCUUCCAGAGUGCAGAUGUUCUCCUGGAUGGGUGGGACAUCGCUGUGAGUCUGUCACCAGUAGUGAAGGUGGCAGCAGUUCAGGAGGACGCACAGCCUCCAUCGUGAUCCCUGUGCUGCUCCUGCUGCUGCUGGUUCUGCUGGCUGUAGGAGCGUUGCUCUGGUACAAGAGGAGGAUGAGAGGAGCGAAGGGCUUCCAGCACCAAAGGAUGACCAAUGGGGCCAUGAAUGUUGAGAUCGGAAACCCCGCCUACAAGAUAUACGAGGGUGAGCCUGAUGACGACGCGGGGGAGCUGCUAGAUGCAGACUUCACCCUUGAUCCAGACAAGCCUACUAACUUCACAAACCCAGUGUACGCCACACUGUACAUGGGCGCCCACAACAGUCGCAACUCGCUGGCCAGCACGGACGAGAAGAAGGAGCUGCUGUCUCGCGGAGAGGAGGAGCCCCUGGUGGACCCGCUGGUGUAGGCUGCCCGUCACGCUAUUUCAAACACACCCCAUCUUCUUGCCUUUUAAUGGAGAAAAAAAAAAACUAAAAAAAAAAAAGCAGGAGAGAAAAAUGACAAAAAAAGUAUGAACACUGUAUAAAAUGUACAAAAAUGAAGGACUACUUUUGUAUGUGAUUGCAGUAUUAUAUUUUGUUCUUUUGAGAUUCCUCUGGUUAAAAAACAAAUACCAUUUUCUAUGACAGAUUUUUCAUUUACACGUGUCUCUUACCCCUUUACCUAAAUAGCCACUACCUCUGUGCAAAAUGAAAUGGAAAAUUAGAAGUCGUUAUUAUCGAAGCAAUUAAAAUUUUGAUUUUUAUGAUUUGUAAAGAGAGAGAGAGAGAGAGAGAAUUGUUCCAUUUCACCAAUGCCAACUGCUUGUUGUUUGUGUGGACUUUUAGAGGGAAACACAAAACUCAAUUGUUGUCUCAAUUUGUACAGGUUUUGUCUCGCCGAGAAUCUACAAGAUUGUGUGAGACACAUUCACGUUUGUGUACAGCACCAGAUGCUCUUGAAAUGAUUGCGUUGUCUUCCUUGCACAGAAUUCCAAUUUGAUGGUAUUUUGUAGGUUUUAUACGGCAAGAUGUGAAGCUGACGUGGGUUUUCAUGGCAGUUGGAGCGCCUGGGCUGUUUUAAAUUGUGUCGUGUAUGUUGGGAGAUGAGGCCUUUUCUCCAAGGUGAAACAUUCCAGGCAGGUGUUGUGAAUGUGUUGCAGCCAACAAACACGGUCAGCUGAUCAAACUGGGAGGACCAAAGCACACCCAGUCCGCAUGGCGAGGUGGUGUCAUGUGACUUACAGGGUCUUCCUCGAGUCGAAGGUGAGAAAAGCUUCACUUGAGGUCCUUUCAGAUGAAGCAAAGAGCCAACUGGACCUUUUCUAAAAUGUCAGUCAUGAGUAACUUCUAUCUUUAGUGGACCGUUUUGUAACGACUCUGUCUUUAAGUGCAUUAAGGCCAUUUGGUAUUUGUGUUGUUGUUGAGCUGUGUCUAACCUCUCGUGUCUAACUGGUGUGCCCCGCUGCUGCUAAUGCUACCACUCUUGUCCUUACGCUCAAAAUGCUGCUUCUGUCAGAAAUGUGUCAGCCAUAUCUUAGUGCAUGUAACACCAAUCUUCAAUAUCUGAAAUUAUUCUUAGAGACAGCGACGUUCUAUUUUUGCAUAGCUGUCAGCAAGUGUUAUUUUACUCAGUUGUAUAUGUUUUGUAUUUUAAUUGAGAGAUAAGUACAAUCAUUUUGUUUCCCCGGGCAGCAGUUUUGCUAAAAUUCAUUCAUUUUCUGAAUGUUGUUAAAUCUUUUUUUUUUUUAAAUGAAUGACACAUAGCUUUUAUAGUACACAAUGCAUGGAGGCUCAGACUUACAUCUGGAAAGAGAUUUAGUUUUUGCUGGAGUACUUUACAACACAAUAACAGAUAUUGUUAUAAAUAAAUUGAAAAUUGUACAGAAAACAAUGCGAUGGUUUUUUUUAAUUAUUAUUUUUGGUGUGGGUUGUGUGUGUUUUGUACAUUUGCUGACAUAAGCUGUCAGAGAGGUAAUGUGUAUUACUAGGGCAAGAGCAACAGGCGAUGUGAAGGCCGUGAUGGAAUUUGUGUUUAUUAUUAAUCUUCCCAAUAAAUGCCUUUUUUGGGAGCCUCAA